AUGAAGUUCACAUCCCUGACCACCGCUGCGUGGGCAUUCCUGUCUCUAAACGCCGGACUUACGCUUGCUGGAGAUGUGCUGAAGAACAACGGGUUCACCUCUUGCCUCGAUAACAGUGACAUCAAGAUCCAACGGUUGGAUUUCGUACUUAACCGCGCAGCAAAGACGGUCACAUACGAUUUCUUUGGUGUAAACAGCAAAACACAAAAUGUUACUGCAACCGUUACGAUCGUUGCCUACGGACAGACAUUCACUCAGAAUCUUGACCCAUGUGCGUCGAACACGUUCAUAGAGCAACUCUGUCCUGUGCCUGCUGGUACCUUUAGCGCCAAAGGUGAGCAAACGAUUUCGGAGGAGUUUGGAGCGAGGAUACCAUCUAUUGCCUUUGCGGUACCAGACUUGGAUGCCGAAGCUACAAUGAAAUUGAAUGGCAAAGAUAGCAACAAUGAACUCUCUUGCAUCCAGUCAACUGUUGGGAAUGGAAACUCCCUACACACCCCGAUGGUGUCGUAUGUUGCCUAUGGAAUCUCCGGUGCCGCGCUCGCCGUCUCUGGCGUUGGUGCUGCCGGUGCCGCCGCUCACCCAGGAGCCCCUGGCGUAAGUCCAUCUUUCGUUCAGGUUAUGGGCGUCUUCCAGGCCAUUGCAAUGAACGGAUUACUCAGUGUGGACUAUCCUCCCGUCUAUCGGAGCUUUACCAAAAACUUUAGCUUCAGCCUCGGCCUUUUCCCCUGGACACAGCUGCAGGUAUCUAUCGAUAGCUUCCGGAAUAGCACUGGCGGAAAUCUCACGGAAAACAGCGUUGCCUAUCUUCAGAGUCUACAGACACAUAACAAUGCCACGAAUGGUACUACUGAGAAACGCUCGCUCGACUUCACAUCCCACCACACCCAGCUCGUGGCCCGCGGUAUACAGGAGGAAGUCAACAGCCGGCUCAGCGGCAUCAAGAAGGGCGUCGAAGAACUCUCCAUCCCAGCGGCCAAUACAUUCAUGACUGUUCUAGUGAUCUUUGCUAUAGUCAUCGCUGCAAUUGCUGCAGGUAUAUUGCUGGGGAAGGUCUUGUUGGAGUUCUGGGCGCUCUACGCCACGUUCCCAGAGCGUUUGUCGAACUUUAGACAACAUUACUGGGGAUUCCUUGCCAGGACUAUUACCAACUUGAUUCUUCUGCUUUACGGAAUUUGGACCCUCUACUGCGUCUUCCAAUUCACUCGUGGUGACUCGUGGGCAGCCAAAGCGCUUGCAGCGGUUACCCUUACAGUCUUCACCGCUAUCCUUGGAUACUUUACUUUCCGCAUCUGGUCUCUUGCCCGACGCCUUAAGAAGACUGAGGGAACCGCUUCGGCUCUAUUCGAGGAUCGGGAAGCCUGGCGCAAGUACAGCCUGUUUUAUGAUCAUUACAAGAAGGAUUACUGGUGGAUUUUUGUGCCUGUUAUCGUUUACCUUUUCGUCCGUGGUUGUGUGAUUGCUGGCGGAGAUGGACAUGGCCUCGUUCAGUCUGCUGGUCAGUUUUUUGUUGAGGCUCUCAUGCUUAUUCUCCUGCUAUGGACCCGUCCUUUCGAAACCAAGUCUGGCCGAUGGAUCAAUAUCUCUAUACAGGUUGUCCGGGUAUUGUCCGUGGGAUGCAUUAUCGUCUUUGUUGACGAGUUCGGCAUCUCCAAGACAACCAAGACCGUCACCGGCGUUGCCCUGCUUGCUGUCCAGACUACUCUUGCGGUGAUUCUGGGUAUCCUUAUCUUGAUCAAUGGUAUAAUGGCUCUGUUUGGCAAGAACCCGCAUCAGGAACGUCACAAGGAAAAACAAAACUUCGACAGAGAUCUAGACAACCUAACCCCCCUUGACCCUCGGGAUUCCAUUCUGCUCAAGCCCAAAGCACACGGGUACAUGCAGGAUGAGGAAGUUGGCAAGCUAAACCACAUCUCCCGCUAUGAGCCUUACCAUGACACACCGCCAUCCAAGCCAAGACACGGCUACAGCGAGAGCACAGACCGACUAGUCCAGCACCGUGGCGGUAGCCCCGAGAGACCACGGAGUGCCGGAAGCGAUAUAUCCUAUACGAAUCACCCUCACCAACAGAACCAGUCUUUGCUGCGUUAA